AUGGCCACAUUUGCCUCGACGCCGGUCACCACUGGAAAGCAAAGCAAGGCCGGUGGUGAGCGUCAACCUGGUUUGGAGCACGAAAUGAACCCUAAACCGGAAGUGAUUCGAUCAAAUUAUGAAGGCGCUAAUAAAUUGGCUGGUACGGUAGCGAUUAUCACAGGCGCAGAUAGUGGGAUCGGUCGAGCUGUCGCAGUUCAUUUUGCACGGGAGGGGGCCAAAGGCAUAACUAUUGCCUAUUUGGACGAGCACAAAGAUGCCCAAGAAACAAAACGCAUGGUAGAGGAAGAAGGUAGUCAAGCCAUUCUUAUUGCAGGAGAUGUGGGGGAUAAUGAACACUGCAAAAGUAUUGUCGAGCUGACUUUGAAAACGUUUGGCGAGCUAAGCUGCUUGGUUAACAAUGCGGCAGAGCAACACAUCUGCAACGACUUCUUGGACAUUACGAGAAAGCAGCUCGAGUGUACAUUCCGCACAAAUAUUCUGUCCUAUUUCUUCAUGGCCCAAGCUGCGCUGCCGCAUUUAAAGGCUGGUAGCUCCAUCAUCAACACAACUAGCGUGACAGCUUACAAAGGAAUGCCACAGUUGAUCGACUACAGCAGCGCCAAGGGUGCAAUCGUCUCGUUCACUCGUUCCCUUGCCAUCAAUCUCGCCAAUAAGGACAUCAGGGUGAACGGGGUGGCGCCUGGACCGAUUUGGACGCCUCUUAUCCCUGCGACGUUCCCUGAGGAGGCGAAAGUAGAAAAAUUCGGCCAGGAGGUGCCCAUGGAACGCAGUGCUCAGCCCAGCGAGGUGGCCCCCUCUUAUGUCUUCCUGGCGAGCCCUGAUGGAUCGUUUUUCAACGGACAGGUCUUGCAUCCCAAUGGAGGGACGGUGAUUAAUGGCUAA